AUGAUAAACAUAGGAUGCUUAUUCUUUAAUAAUUUUAUAACUAUAUAUAAUCAUAUACUCGCUUUUCAAUUGAAUAAUAUAUUUAUCAUAUUAUAUUUUUUGACCAAAUUUAUCAUACUAUUUUUAAAAAGUUAUUAUUUUUAUCAUUUUUAGUGCAAAUAACAAAACGAAUAUAAUAAUAUUGUAUUAAAAUCUAAUAUUUUAUUUUUUAAGUUAUUAUUUCACAUUUUCAUGGUACAGACUCUCUCUGUUUUUUUUCUUUUUUUGGUGGUUGUGGCCAACACUGUACAGACUGAUUAUUGGUGGGUUUUUUUACUCCUAAAUUCGUCAUAGAAAUGAAGGUAGUUUGACUCGCGAGUGGGCAAACUAGAAAAAGCGUGGUAGCAAGGACACACGGUUCCGAUCCUCUUGCCAUAAGCUCAAUGGCUCUGUUGUCAUGCGCUUCACAUUCUGAGAGACUUCACAUUUCUCACAGGAGGUUCGUUACCGUAAUUUUCGGAGGUGGCGUUGCCGGCUCGGCAUUUUCCGUUGUUUUUCUGGUUACCUCCUGUUUGGACAUAGCGAAAGCACGAUAUAAAAGAAAAGAAAAACCGAUCACUGCAGAUCGAGUGCUUCUAAGGAAAGAAAAUGGCGACUCUUUCAGACAUCGGCCUUUCUGCAGCUAUCAAUCUCUUGUCGGCAUUGGCCUUCUUGGUUGCUUUUGCCAUGUUACGAUUGCAACCUGUUAACGAUCGGGUUUACUUUCCAAAAUGGUAUCUGAAGGGGAUAAGAGGCAGCCCGACCAUUAGAAACGUUGUGAACAGAUUUGUUAAUCUAGACGUCAGGACAUACAUAAAAUUUCUGAGCUGGAUGCCCGCAGCAUUGAGCAUGCCGCAACCAGAACUUAUAGAUCACGCAGGCCUUGACUCUGCCGUGUAUAUUCGGAUUUAUCUUCUUGGCUUGAAGAUAUUCGGCCCAGUAACCUUACUCACUUUAGCGGUUUUGGUUCCGGUUAAUUGGAUGGGGAAAACAUUGGAAAGUACUAAAGACUUGAAGUUUAGCAAUAUCGACAAGAUUUCAAUAUCCAACAUUCCACCUGGAUCAAACAUAUUUUGGGUGCAUAGUGGCAUGUCAUAUCUCUUCACAUUUUGGACGUGCUUUUGUCUGUUCAAAGAAUACAAGAUUAUAACAGACUUGAGAUUGAGAUUUUUGGCAGCUGAAAAUCGUCGUCCAGACCAAUUUACUGUCCUAGUGAGGAAUGUUCCCCCGGAUCCUGACGAGACAAUCAGCGAGCAUAUCGAACAUUUCUUUUGCGUUAAUCAUCCUGAUCACUAUCUGUUGCAUAAUGUUGUCUAUAAUGCGAACAAGCUUGCAUCAAUAGUUGCAGGGAAGAAGAAAUUGCAAAAUUGGCAAAUUUACUACCAAAAUAAAUUUGAACGAAGUCGUUCACAAUCAUAUAGGCCAACUGCACGGACAGGCUUUCUAGGUCUCUGUGGAAAGAAAGUCGAUGCUAUUGAUUAUUAUGCAGCGGAGAUUGCCAGGCUGAGUGAAGAAGAAGAGGCAGAAAGAACGAGGGUUUCAAGGGAUCCCGAGGCUCUAAUUCCUGCAGCAUUUGUUUCGUUCAGAAGUCGAUGGGGAGCAGCUGUCUGUGCUCAAACUCAACAAUCUAGUAAUCCGAGUAUUUGGCUGACAGAAUGGGCUCCUGAGCCUCGGGAUGUCUGCUGGGAAAAUCUUGCUAUUCCAUAUGUCGAGCUCUCCAUUCGAAGAUUGCUCAUGGCUAUUGCUCUAUUUUUCCUAAUUUUCUUCUUCAUGAUACCAAUAGCAUUAGUCCAAAGUCUAGCCAACAUUGAGUCAAUUCAAAAGGGUUUUCCUUUCUUACGGCCACUGUUGCAAAAGCAAUCCGUCAAGUCUUUUAUACAGGGAUUUCUACCAGGUCUAGCAUUAAAGAUAUUUCUUAUUUUGGUCCCAACAAUUGUCAUGCUUAUGUCCAAAAUAGAAGGGCAUAGAUCGUUUUCAUCUUUGGAGAGGAGAUCAGCUGCGAAAUACUACUUUUUCAUUCUGGUCAAUGUUUUCCUUGGGAGCAUUGUAGCAGGAACGGCAUUUCAACAACUCGAAGAGUUUGUUAAAGGGGACUCAACAAAGUUCGCAAAAAUGGCUGGCGCCACAGUCCCCAUGAAAGCCACAUUCUACAUCACAUACAUAAUGGUCGAUGGUUGGUCUGGAGUCGCUGCAGAGAUCCUAAGGAUAACUCCGUUUGCUAUAUUCCACUUGAAGAACACGUUCUUGGUGAAGACAGAGGAAGACAGAGUGCAGGCUAUGAAUCCCGGAAGUUUGAACUUCGCUGUUAAUGAACCUCGCCUUCAAUUAUACUUUAUGCUUGGCCAUCUCUAUUCUCCCGUAACGCCUGCGCUUCUCCCUUUUAUUGUCAUCUUCUUCGCUUUUGCCUACCUAGUCUUUCGGCACCAGAUCAUCAACGUGUAUCAUCAGAGUUAUGAGAGUGCAGCAGCAUUUUGGCCAGAUGUCCAUCGUCGAGUACUAAUUGGCUUGUUCAUAUCUCAAAUCCUUUUGAUGGGAUUGUUGAGCACAAAAGAUGCCAAGAAGGCGACGAUUGCGCUUGUGGCUCUACCUGUUUUUACAAUAUGGUUCCAUUCGUAUUGCAAAGGGCGCUUCGAAUCGGCAUUCGUGAAAUUUUCGUUAGAGGAUGCAAUGGUGAAGGAUACACUUGAAAAGGCAAUUGAACCAACCCUGAACAUGAGACUCUAUCUUCAGGAUGCUUACAUACACCCAGAUUUCAAGGGAGGUGUUUUGGACAAACCGCAAAUUAUCGACGAGGAAGAGAACAACCCACUCAUCCAAACCAAAAGAGCUCGCCGGAGUAGUAAGCAACAAUCUGAGGUCGGAAGUUCCGAGGCUUCGAUUACGCCUACGGCGGGCAACAUGAUUAGAUGUACUAGUAUCAAAGAAUGACUCCGAUAGUAGUUAAUUACUCAUGUUCGGUAGAAUUUUAAGAACUACGUAGCAUGUCCAGUUCCCUAACAUGCGUGUGUUCUUCAUUCCGCACCACUAAACGACCAUCCCGUCUCCAAUUCUAGUUGACUCUUAGACAGAAUCUGGACUGAAACCUACCGCGAGAGGGGGUGGGGGGAUCAAGAGCCAAACCAGUUCAUUCCACAAAAACAAAAUGUGUUUUUUUUUUUUUUGGGCCUGACACAAAUGUUUUGUAUUAUAAUUGUAGGGAACGAACAAGAUUUUAUGUAUAGUUCUCUUAAAUUAUGUUUGACAUUCUUAUUUUUCAUAUGUUUUAUGUAGAGAUCCACGUUCUCUUUAUUGUAGUCUUUAGUUGUGCAAGCCAGUGAUUGCUUUGCAAUUGAUGAAUCGAAAGUUGGGAAACAAAAUUUAAUACAUGUCAAGCAAUUCUCUCAGGCAUUCAAAUUUGUCUUAAAAUGGCGGCGUCACUUAAGUCUGCCGGGCAAGU